AUGGAGCGUGAACCUCAACUUUUAUCAACAGAACACUUUGAGUUUCUCAAAACCAAACAAGAAUGGGUUAAACAUAUGCGGUUGAAAUUCUGCAUUCGACCCGAAUUUGAAAUUACUCAGAAUAUAUUACACUCGGAUGGCACGUUGAAUCAAGAUUACUUUCGACCUCCAAAAGGAUCAAUACCACAAUUGCAGAAG